CACAGCUCUUCUGCUGGAACUGGUUCGUUCUGCCUGGUUGCUGUGCCUGGGGUGCGUAAGCGGGCUAGCCAGGCACGGUCAGACGGAGCUAAACUAGCAGCACCCACCAGAGCGGGCCACCACAGCACAGCAUAGCAUAGCACCGCUUGCUUUAGUGGACGAACUUUCGAGCGAGUCAGCCAACCGAAAGAGUACGGUGCUGCUGCUGCUGCUGCUGCUGCUGUGAGCAGUAACAGCAACAGCAGCAUCUUGAGCUGUUGCCGCUGCCCAACGACGACUACAAGUUGAAAUGGUGCCACAGGACAGCGUGCAAUGAUGGCCUGAUCAUUUGUUGUCACUUAGAGUGUAGUGGUUGCGGAUGCAGACAGGCCUUUCUAGGCGCUGUUGAGUGUGAGUCGGUGAGCAGUCGAACCGGAACAGUUCUACAAGUCAGAAAAGACAGCAAGACGUUAGCUAGUCAUCGGCACAUCAGGUAAAAGCGACGGCAUCAGCAGCAGCAGCAGCAGCGGCGGCAGCAGCGAUACGGAGGCCGCGUUCGCUAGGAUUAGGCCGCUGGCUAGCAGCGGCGGCAGCAGCAGACGCAGUCAUCGCUGCUGUUAAACAUAAUAGAGGAAGUAAAGAGACAAAGAGAGUCGAGUCAGGUCGAAAAAAGGAAAGCGAUUGCCACUGCUGCUGCUGCUGUUUCUGGUUGAAGUCGAGCUGUGUCACCGUAUCAUCGCCGUCGCCGUCGGCGUUUUCUCUCAGCGUCGAAAUAUAUCGUGACAACGUUAGAAUAAAGGAACGCUGCUGCAUGCGACAAUCGUCGGGCGGACGGUUGCCGAUUGCCUUAUCUAAGCAUCAGCCUUGGAGAAGCGCUCGCGUCACAUGAAAGUUACAGGCCAUGAUUUGUUCAGAUGCAGUCGUCUUUAUCCAUUUUAGCACGAGUUUGUGUCACUGCGGUGGGAGGAGCGAGGACGUUUCGAGACCUCGUUGCAGGUGCGGGACUCUAGCAGCGGGCGGUGUUUUUAUGCUGGCAUCUUCGCUUGUUCUCUAGGAUCGUCUGUCGCCCGUUGAGAAGUGCUAUCCACUUAUUAAUAGUUCGGUAUCGCGUGAACCUCGUAGACGAAAAGAAGCUGCUUACUCUAUCGUUAAAUGAACCCAGACAAACAGUGACUGUUGCCAACGUCCCUGGGCCUACGCUGCUAUGCUGAAUUGCUCAAACGUAUAGAAAUCACGUAAAACAACGCAAUUUGUUAACGGACAAUGACAAUACUACGCCGUUACCUCCUAAGCUAUCGCUAGCACAACUAGCAACAAGCGCAGAUAUCGACGAAACGCGCUCCGCUUUUUGUGAUAGCUUCAACGGGUGCUGGUAAUAUCCGUCUCCGUCUGCUACACGAUUCAAAUAUGCGAUUGAAGAGAUAGGAUAAUAUACGUGCACGAGCUACUAAUUUGUCGAGUCUACCGAUUAUCAUCAUACAAGUACUGCUGCUACCUAAUAAUUCAUCGUAUACGUACAUAUAUAUAUAUAUAUAUAUAUAUAUAUAUAUGUGUGUGUGUGUGUUGUUGCCUCAGUGAUGGUAGAAGCGAGACAAAUCUACAGAAACGGAUACGUAGACAGCAGCAGUAACGACAAUGCGUCUACUAUUUUGACUCGUAUUGUGAAUAGUCACGGAUAAUUCGUUACUCAGCUAACAUAUUUUCCGCGUUUCGGUAUGGUGUUACCAAUAAGUGGUGUUAAUUUAUGUAUAUCUCCGUAAAACUACUCAGCUCGUCUUUGACUCGUUCGUUGUUUGAGCACAGGAACAUCAAUUGUAUUUGCUUUUUAGCAGGAGCAGAAAGAAAAAUAACCGCACAAAAGUUAUCGCUUAGCCUGUAUGAUAGCGAACAAUCGGUGCUCUUGCCCCGAUAUAUAUAGAUCAGGGCAGGUGGAGAGCAGGUGUCACGAGAUUAGAACGUUGCACUAUUUGUGUAACAAACUUAUCGUUUAUAUCCUUGCCAAAUCACUGAGCUAAUAGGCACAGAGCGAACAGCAGGAGUUCAUCAGAAGGCAGUCGUGGGCGGAAGAGGCAAAAACGCACAUAUCGACAAUAAACAUCGUAGAAGUAGUAGGGGCAGUGAUGCGGUGUCGGACACAACCAUGGAGAUCGCGCCAGUCAAGUUGACUGCGUGCCCAGAUUGCUUUCCCAGUGUUCGUGUUGUUGAUGUUUGUCGUCGUGCCGCGACAUGUUGUUGAUUUCCUGUUAACGCUUUCGUCGUUAUUACUACAGGUAUUAAAAUUGUCCCCCCUCGACCUGCUGAUCUCAGCCGUGGUCAUCCAGAGAACGGUUAUAUAAUAAAAGUAACAAAAAGGAGGUAGUUCACUGUUAUUAUUGCUAUUCUGUUAUACGUACCCGAAGCCAUCGGCACGUGAAGCGCCCCCGCGACGUUUUCGCUAGCGGUUUGCGAAGUGAGACAGCUGACAAGGAUAAAUAGAUAUCGCAGCGAAAGGAAAUAUAGAAGCACAGAUUGCGCGAUGGGAUGCUGCUGCUACUGCUGCUCGGGAAGAGCCUUCAUGAUUGGGGUGUGCAUUCUUCAAUUGCAACGGCGUGAAUAAUGAAUGAAGUACUCACAUGAACAGAUGUGACCACGGUCUACGGUGUUCGAACGAAGCGUGUAUCCCCUUCCCCGUCUGUCCUCCCCGGAACAGGACUGAAAAAACUGUAUGCAACGACGGCAGCCGUAACAAAUUAGAUCAUUGACGACGUGUCGCCAGCUAUUCGACUUCCUCGGAUAUAUGUGGGCUCCGAUCUUAGCCAAUUUCUUUAAUUUUCUCUUCGUUAUCCUCGGUCUCUUCGGCGUUUACCAGUAUCGGCCCCGAUACGUCUUCACGUAUGCUUUGUGGAUGGUAGCGUGGAUUAUGUGGAACGCAUUCUGUAUAUGCUUUUACCUCGAAGUAGGAUUCCUAAAUCGGGAGCUGAACUAUUUAAAUCUAGGUACUGGUUCUCGGUCAUGGUUUGAAAUAAACGGGUUGGGCUGUAAAGCUAUGUUUGAAGCGAAUACCCCGGAUGAAUUGGCAGGUUUCACUAAACCAGCCUCCGUCGAUGGGUGUCUCGUUGAGUACUAUUAUGUGGAAAGCGCACAAGCUGCCAUUCAGAUGUUUUUGGGUCUUCUUGCGAUUAUUGGCGGAUCCUUUGUCAUCUACAAUUAUACCCAGGAGGAUCCAUCGUCCGCGAGAAGAAAGAUGGCGGCUUGGGCUGCUCUCGACCCCCUUCAUCGAUCGACGGCAUCCCUACCGUAUAGCAUCGAGUACCACCAUGUCGGUCACCCGCUGGCUACCGCGCAUAGCCAGAGUACAACGUUCCACAAGUUCAACUCUAGCACGCUUGGAUCUUCAUCCGCGAACAGUUCACAAAGAAGAAAGAGGCGCAGCAUACGCUCAAACCGCUCCGGCGGGGGUGGCCAUCGUGCGUCGUAUCAGAAUCCAGUAACACGCCUUAUCGAUCGAUACGUGGACACCUCCUCACAGGAUUCAUACAACCAUUUGGCAGAGUACCUCAAAACAACAUCUCCAGCAAUCGAAAACUCACAUGGACAGUCGUCUGGGUCUAUUCCGUUGAGCGUUGGCACCUCCAACGGCGUACACGGCCCAAAUAUUCAAGGGAUUUCUUAUCACGGGGGCCAAGUUAAUCAGGCUUACGAAAAUAGGUACAGCAUUGCGUCCAGUGGCACCUACGGCGUUGUGGACGCCGGCCCCAGCCCCCCCUACACCCCAUCAUACAACCCUCAUCAUGUUCAGUCUCCUCACGCACAAACAGUGUCAACCAACAGCUCCAGCAACAACAUCAACACCAACAGUCAAGGCAUUACUAACCACAACAAGAACACAUCAUCACCAGCGGCUGGUCAACAACAGCAUCAUUAUCACGGAGAAGUCGCAACGUUGGGUAGCCAUCUUCAGCACCUGAAUCUAUCGCACCCUCCGGCCAGAAACGUUGAAACCAACAUGUGAAUAUUAUUUUUACUAUUACUGAAUGCAUAUUGGAGUGGGUUGAUGACGGCGUUUGUACACAGACUAGUGUUAAUAACCCAGUGGUAUACUAAAUGAAGUGAUCCUUUUUAUUCUAAUGCUUUUGCCAUUUUGAUUCUGUGCGUAAUGCGAAAACAAACGAAUCGGUAAGGUCUCUCGAAGGAAAAUAGACACACGUAUUUUCCGUGUAGUAGACAAUACCUAUACGAAUGAACGGAGGUAAUUAGGCUUUAACUUGUCGCCGGCCUCCAGGCUACCGUUUAAUAACCGACAAACAAAGCAAUAAGUCUUCGAAAUGCCCUAAGGCCUACUAUAACGACGAGUGAUGGUAGUUCCGCUAUGUUCAACGCCUAAAGUAAUAAUCUAGUUAGAUUGGUCUGUACCCAUUACUACUACGUUGAGAAAACCCUUAAUUUAUAUUCUUGUUGGAAAGGCAGAGCCUUUAAUGAACCUGAUCUCCCUUGUGUCCGUAUUAAAGUCAUCUGUUGGUUAUAUUCAAUUGUGUGCAUAUUUAGUAUUACUAAUUUUCAGCGUAUAUUAUAUGCAAUCAUUAUCAUUGCGUGAAGCAUAGUGAGUAGGAUGGUCGCGUCACCCCCGGAUGUGUCCAGAGAACUGUGAGGUCCCCCAAGGCGCCUGGCUAAUUGCCACGGUGAACGAGUGGUGAUUAUUCGUACGAUAGCUGCGUACCUUCUACUGUUUCUAGACAGGUUUAUACAGAUGUUCUGAAAAUACGGCCAACGACAUCGUACCCAUUUUUAGGAAAAGAAGUAUGUGUAUUCGCGUACCGUAAAAGGUUCUAAGCACGAUUUUAUCUUUGGAACUACUCAGAUUCGGGGUGCCUCUUACGGCUCCGUUCAGACAGUUCUAAUACUCACAUAGCAAUAACGGCAAUCAAAAUAAUUAUUUUAAAAAUAGUUACUAUUUGCUGUUUGGGUGAUUUCAUUAUAUUUGACAAGCGUCGCAUCGUCUCAUGAACAUACCCGUUCACUUUAGGCCUUUUCCAAAAAUGGAAAAUUAUUUCAAGCUGUUCAUCUUGAUUUGGGUCGACACGCUCGAGCAUAGGGUAUAGUCAUGCUUCAAAUGUAUAUGCAUAUUCACAAUAUGUAAAUUUAUAGCUAAUUGAUAUAGUACUUACAUUCAACUUAUAGAUGGGCGUACUUAUUGACCCGGUCUUCGUGAUGAUGCUUAGACCAGACUUACGAAAAAACGCGGAUUAGCUCUUAGCCAUGGGCAUCUUCAUGAUCGUCUGCCCGCUAAUUGCCGUACAUUGUCCAACUGGUGACAAAACUAUAUAGCAUAACGGCAUUGGGCUGAGAUGCGAAAUGAUUCUAUGAGAUCGUGCACGCGCGAAAUGAGGUAAACGUUUUCUUUACCCUUUUAGAGUCGACUCAUUUAGGAACGUCUUAAAAUAAAACCCGUCCGCGUAUUAAUGAUACGCAAUAGACCGUUUUGUUCGAUCGCGCUGAAAGUCAAGAUGUUUAUCAAAUCGAUAGAUUUUUUAAGUACAUUUUAGAUAAGAACACCUUUGUCUCCAAAGUCAGUGAAACCUGUCAGAUAAUACUUACCGUUCGUACAUUCAGCGGUAGACGCCGUUGCUUCGCUCAGACUCUCAACGCCGGUAACUAAAUACCUCAUUGUAAUGUUGCUACGAAUUCCAGUUUUAACUAUAUUAAAAUAAGACAUUCAUACGGUACUGUGGGUCUUCAUCGAAAUAUCGAGCCUCCUUGUUAUUAAUGGAUUAGUUAAACCGUAACCGAUUUUUGUCUCGGGCUGAUAGGGAACUAGUUAGUGAAGGAAAUUUUGUUUAUCCUCAUUUUGUUGUUGUUGUUGUUGUUGUUGUUGUUAUCACCAACAUUGAGCGCACUUCAUGAGUCGGCGACAAACUAACAAGCUACACAGUAAAAAAAACAUCGACCUUAGAAUCGAACGCUGCCAUAGUCCUGCGUCUCAAUGACGAUAUUAUUAUUAUAAUCAAAUAAUCAUGGAUGAUGCGCCGACUUGUUAAAUAGGUGAAGACACAACGCUGUAGGCAACAAGAGAUGGCGCAACUGCAGGGAAAGUGUGUCCUUUAAGCCACUAGUAAAAGCAAGCAUUCUCGUUAUCGAGAUCAGAUCGAAGAGCAUUUCGGUCUCGAGCUAACUGUUAGCUAAUAUACAGUAACUAACACGCGACAUUGACAAGAUGUCCUCAAGCCGGCACAAACGUGGCAAACGCGUUGUCCUUUAAAUAACUGUCGCAAUAAAAACAGGUCAUAUAAUUAAUUGUCUAGAGCACGAGCCGACGCAGAUCGCAAUGCUAGGUGGGACUGCAAACGAUUGUAGGGGAGACGAAGAUAACGAAAAUGCAUGCAUCUAUAUAUAUAUAUAUAUAUAAAUGUGUAACUACGGUAAUGCGGCAGGAGGUAAAAGUUGCAAUAAGCUUCAUACUAAUUCGGGAAAAUAAUGAUGGCACUCACUUGAAGUAGAAACAGAAGAUUAUGUUAGUGAAGUGAUAAACGAUGUAAUCUAUUAUAGACAAACGAGAGAACGUGAGAUGUGUCACUGCCGGAAAUCUUACAACGGUUGGGUGAGCGAGAGUCGAAAUCAAUCUUGCACUCAUCAUGGAGCUUUGGUUCGCUCUGCUGAUAUUUCUAUUAUCAAAUCAGUAUCUUAUCGAUUGAACCUUGUCCUAUACAGAUAGCUUCUGUAUAGUAACGUAUAACGCCAUACUGAAUCGUCUGGAAUGAAAAAGCUAGUCUAUUGUACUAUCAGUAGGAAAAAGUCGCAGCUUAAUUCUGCUCACCCUCCGCGUUACUGUAUAUAGUACAUAAUCUCUGCUCAAAUGAAUAACGACAGUAAAAUAUUAAAUACAAAAAUAAUAACAUUAAUGAUAUCGAUAGAAGCGUCUCCUAUGGAGCAGCUAUAGCGGUCAGCUGUUCUAAGAAGCUGUAACGAAAAAAAAAUGACAGUUUUCGACAAAAUUUCAAGCAAAGCGUACAUAAUUCUUAUGAUCUCAUUUAAGUUUAAUCACUACAUCUUUCGCUAAUAAAAGCCCGGUUGAAAACUGUUAAUUGACGGCCUAGAUAUUUCUCAAUAACCCAAAUGUUGCGUCCUGAGCACCUAGAAACGAUUUCGAACGUUUGCCCUUCUACGGUAAUUGAUCAACUUAAUUAGCGACAGAACUAAGCUAGUGAUUGAUAACUGGUCGAAACAGCAUAUGUUGUAUAUAGCCGAGUAUAUUUUAGGGUGUUUCCGCUUUAUUGAAAAUUCUUAAAUGUUAUUUCAGACGCACGCUUAUACUUGUGUUUCCGACAACAACAACAAUCGUUGGAAGUUUCUCCGUUUCGCUUCAUGUUUAUACGUAUUAUUUUAGCCCUAGUGAUAAGUAGCGUAUGUGUUUUACAGUUUAUUCCCCAUUGCUCCUAAAAUUCCCUCCUCUAUAAUGAGGUACAGCGAACCUGGAGAAUAUUAGUUGAUGGUAAUCAAUUAUAUUGGUUAUAAUCCAUCUAAAUAAUAGUGCAGAAGUAGAUCAAGAUGAAUGAACGAUAAGCUGUACGUAUUUCAAAAUGCGCGCCAUAAAUACUGAUAGAAGAUGGCGAGGUUUUGGUAGACGCAGUAAUUAGAAACGCAUUAAAUAGCAUAUAUAUGAUCUUGAAUUUAAACAAGAAAUUAUCACGUAAAAUUGUAUACGAUGAAGUCAGCAUGCGCAAGUGUUACAAACGCUCGAUUUGUUGCAGUAUGCUUUUGUCAGAUAGAGUCUAAAACCUAAACGCUUGUUGCCUAAAUGCAUACUUACAUUAAGAAAUCCAAAUAAUAACAAAUAUUAUAUGAUAAAGAAGAAUUCAGACAGAUAGAAAAAAAAAUCCAAGUAAAUUGAUCACGGUCUUAGCGAAACAGCGAUGACAAGAUUAUUACUAAAAACAUUAAAACUAGUACUAAACGUAAAGAAUAGAGAGAGAUAUUCGUUGCAAAAAAUGGGAAAUUGGAAAAAAUGGGAAAAACUCAUAUAUAGUGAAAACCAAGGGUGGAGAGUUGCAAACAAGCUGGUUAUAUAUAUAUAUAUAUAUAUCUAGAAUCUAUCAGAUCGUUAAGCCAGAGACAAACUGACAAACAACAAUCCAAACGAAAGAUGAAAGUUAUACAAAAGUGCUUUUACAUUUGUCAUUAUUACUAAAUAAAGAACAAUAAAUAAUAAUUAGUAUAAUUAUUAUCGCUACAAACGACAAUUGUCAACUACUGAAUAAGCAAUCAUUUUUUAAUAAGAAUAUGCAUGGUUACAUGAAAAUGUAUCAAAGUGACAUA